AUGAUACGCUAUAUAUUUAAAAGCCAAAAUUAUAAUACAAUAUAUUUUCAAUUUAAAAAAUAUAACUUUAAUUCAACAAAUUUUUUUAAGGAAAUAAAAUAUUAUUAUUCUUCUAAAAAAAAUGAAGAACAAAAAGAAAAAUUAAGCAAAGAGGCAAAUGAAAGAGAUUAUUUAUGGAAUAUUUUAGCCUUCGAUAGAAACAUAUCCUUUUUUUCAAUUAGUUUUUAUAUACUUUUAGUUGCUACACUGUCAUUACAUUUCUACAACAAUAUGAAUGAAAAUAAUAAACUAAAUAAAGUUAAUGAAGCAAUAGAAAGAGAAAAGAAGAUUUUAACUGAACUACAAAAUAAAAGAAAAAAUUCAUAA